AAAACAUUUAUUUUGUGUCUUCAGGUUUAUAUUAUCAAAUUAUAUUUUACAAUAUAUUCGUACAUUUUAUAGAUUAUGUUUAUAUUUUUUAUUGCUAUGUUAUUUACAUUGAAUGAGAAAUUGAUGUGUAGACUUCAUAUUUAAACAAAUUUAUUCGACUAUGUCUUGCUAUGUGACUCAUUCUCGUGAAUGUAACGUAGUUAUAUCUUCAGCUGAAACAGAUACUCAUCAUGUAACUUACUAUAACAUUACUGUAAAUGUAGGUGAAGUAACGUGGAGUAUUAAAAAGAGAUAUAAUGAAUUUUUAGAACUUCAUAACAAGUUAGUGAGUGAUCAUACAGUAACUAAGGAUAUACUACCUGGGAAAAAGAUAAUUGGUAAUAAAGACCCAAACUUUAUUGAAAGACGUCGAGUAGGCUUAGAAAUUUAUUUGCAAACUGUUCUCUCAUUUUUGCAAAAGUCUAUGCCAGAAGAAUUAUUUAAUUUUUUGGAAUUUGAUAAGUAUGAUGUUUUAUUAAUAGUAAAAAAACUAGCUGUAGAAUUCUUUAACUUUGGUGACAAAUAUUUGGCAAAUGAAUGUAGUUUCAAUUUUAAUGUUCUGCAAUUAUAUGCUAUAAGUGAAAGAUUAAAGUUACCAUGCCCAGAUAGUGAAAACAAUGAACUAAAUUUUAGUCAUGUUUUAGAUUUUUGUUCUCGAUUAAAAAGCAUGACUAUCAAAGGAGGUUAUUAUUAUGUGAAUACUAGUAAUAUUAUUUAUAAUAAUUUAAAUUAUGAAUUAUCAUCUUUUAAGAAUAUUAUUAAUCUAGAGUGUUUUAAUGUAGCUCCAAAUAUGAUUUAUAAUAUUAAACCAUUACGUCAAACAGUACGUAAAUUAUCUGUUUAUAAUUCAAAAUUAAAAACUCCAGAAGAUAUUUUGCUAUGUGAUAAUGUUCAUAAAGAAUGGUCAUCUGAUAUGGAUCAAAAUAUGAUUUGGCAUGAAAUUAAAUCUGUAGACUUUAGUUGGAAUGAAAUUGAAACUCUUAGAAGUCUCACUGUUUUAACUCCUAAUGUCAAAACAAUAAAUUUUAAUGGUAAUCUUAUAAAUACAUUUGAUGAUCUUACAGUUCUUACUAAUUUAAGUCAUUUAUUUCUUUCUAACAACAAUAUUAUCGACGUUUUUGACUUACAUACAAGAUUAGGAAAUGUGGUUUGUCUUGAUUUGUCUUCAAAUAAAAUAAGUAAAUUAAUUGCAUUUUCGAAAUUAUAUUCAUUAGAGAUGUUAGACCUAGGAUCAAAUAUUGUUGAUGAUAUAAGUGAAGUUUCUCAUCUUUCUGCUUUACAAAAUAUGAAUUAUCUAGUACUAUCUGGAAAUCCAGUAUCUACUAUAAUUGAUUACAGAAUCAAAAUUAUAGGAACACUAAACAAAAGAACAUCAGAUUUUUGUUUAGAUAAUGAAAGACCUACUCAAAAAGAAUUAGAUACUGUGGCUGUUAUGCAUGCAUUAAGACUAGCCAGAGAAGGUAAAACAUUAUUUGAUAGAUAAUUAGGGUAUAUUUCCAAUAAAUAUGCAAUAAAUGUAUUCAAAUUCUAAAAUCGAUUUUAUACUGUUACAAUACAACAUAUUUUGUACAAUUUUUAAUCUUACUGUUAUAUUAUUUUUAUUUUCUUUGAUGUAUUAAACUAUAACUGACUUGUUUAUAUUACUAAGUUAUUGUUAUCACUUUUCUUUAUAUAUAUGUAAUUCAUUACUACUACAAUA